AUGCCCAAGGCUGCUCGCAGGGACCACAGCGCCCUUCAGAUUCCAUGUGGGUACUUGAAAUGUGAACGCUACUUCAAGACUCAGGCAGGGCGCAAAAAGCAUUGGAAUGCUUCGCACCCAACAUUCAUAUCAGCUCCUACCACCAGCGUCUCGCAUACUGCUACAGUCGAAGAUGAGCCCGAAGAACCACACAACGACUUCCUCGCAGGACAUGAUGACUUCUCCGCAGGCUUAUCUGACGCGGGUCAGGCUCUCGAUGAGCCUGAUAAUCUGGACACACAGUUUGUGGGGCCAGGUGAUAGAUUAUACCGCAACUAUCACCCAAAACUAAACGCUCGUCCUUGUGAUGCGACAGGUCAAUUCCUUGAAGACGGAGCAUCCCCAACGCCACCUCCAAGCAAAUCGCCUGAUGACUGGACUCCAUACCGGGAUCGCGUCGAAUUCGAGACUGCUGAAUUCCUGUACACGCGCAACCAGAUGUCUGCCGGGGACAUCAACGUCUUAUUGGAUCUUUGGGCUGCAACCCUCCUGAAACAUAACGACAAACCGCCAUUUGCGGACUGCCGUGAUCUACAUAAAACCAUUGACAGUACACCGGUGGGUGAUGUCAAAUGGCAAUCUUUCAGGGUCCAGUACACGGGGGAGAAGCCGGAACACAAUGUACCACCGUGGAUGGGUCAAUGUCACGACGUUUGGUAUCGAGACCCCCAUGAGGUCGUUCGAAACAUGUUGGCAAACCCUGACUAUGCCACGGAGAUGGACUACCAGCCCUACCGUGAGUUCUCGACUGACGACAAUGAACGCCAAUGGCAGGACUUCAUGUCCGGCGACUGGGCCUGGAACCAAGCGGAUAUUAUUUCCAAAGAUCCGGAUACAACUGGCUCGACCUUUGUUCCGGUUAUACUGGGAAGCGACAAGACGACCGUUUCAGUGGCAACUGGCGCCAACGAUUACUAUCCGCUGUAUGUAUCAAUCGGCAAUGUUCGUAAUAAUGUCCGACGUGCACAUCGUGACGCUGUUGCCAUCAUUGGCUUCCUAGCUAUGCCAAAAACUACGAAGGAGCAUGCCUCCUGCCCGAAAUAUCGGAAAUAUCGCCGGCAACUCUUUCAUUCGUCUAUCUCGAAGAUUCUUGAGAAUCUAAGACCCGCCAUGACCAAACCAGAGGUUGUGCGCUUUGGUGACGGGCACUAUCGGCGUGUAAUCUAUGGGCUUGGGCCCUACAUUGCCGAUUAUGAAGAGCAGGUUCUAUUGGCGUGUAUAGUGCGCUCUUGGUGUCCAAGGUGUAUGUCACACCGCAAAAAUUUGGACUCUGAGUCGUUGUGUCGCAAUCGUGACCAUACCGAAGCACUCGUUGAAGAAGUAACAUCUACUGAUCUGUGGGACGAGUAUGGGAUCAUCAAUGACCUCGUCCCAUUUACAAAUGACUUCCCUCGAGCUGAUAUUCAUGAACUUAUCGCACCGGACCUCCUACAUCAAUUGAUUAAAGGGACCUUCAAGGAUCAUUUAGUUGAGUGGGUUGGAAAGUAUCUGCUCCACGUGCAUGGAAAGAAAGGAGCGGAAAAAAUUCAAGACGAUAUAGAUCGAAGAAUCGCUGCAGUUGCUUCAUUCUCAGGUCUUCGACGUUUUCCACAAGGUCGAGGAUUCAAACAAUGGACCGGCGAUGAUUCGAAAGCGCUUAUGAAGGUUUAUCUACCCGCCAUUGAAGGUCACGUCCCAGUGGAUGUCGUGCGCACAUUUCGUGCAUUUCUUGAAUUCUGCUAUCUCGUACGGCGUAAUAUCAUCACAGAAUCCACGCUGGUUCAAAUCCAGGAUGCUCUCAACCGAUUCCAUCAUUACAGGAAGAUCUUUGAGUCCACUGGUGUUGUUCUCACAUUCUCCCUCCCUCGACAACACUCUUGUUCCCAUUACAUCCUCCUGAUCCGACUGUUUGGCGCACCUAAUGGCCUUUGUUCCUCGAUUACCGAGACAAAGCACAUCAAAGCCGUAAAGGAACCAUGGAGGCGCUCAAGUCGCUACAAAGCCCUUGGUCAAAUGCUGGUGACAAACCAGCGCCUUGAUAAACUUGCAGCCUCGCGCAUUGAUUUCAAGAGCCGUGGGAUGCUGAAUGGCACUUGUCUGUCAGAAACACUUCGAGCAUUAAAACGCAAUCGCGCACGAACUGUACCUGACUUAUCUGUGGAACUCACUAUCCCCCAUCUUUACAACCUCCUCCGCCGAUUUCUAUUCGAACAAGUUAACCCAGAUGACCAGCGGUCUCCCUUUGAAGUCCCACUUGCAAGCUGUCCUCGAUUCGAUGGCAAGAUUCAAGUCUUCAACUCCGCAUCUUCGACAUUCUAUGCACCUAGCGACCGCAGCGGGAUUGGUGGCAUGCGCCGUGAGCACAUUCGUGCUUGUCCUCUUUGGAGAAACGAGGCACCGCGAUAUGACUGCGUGUUUGUGAACACAGAUGCAAGUGUCGAAGGGAUGGGGGGGAUGGAAAUAGCACGAGUGAUGUGUUUUUUCUCUUUGACAUUCGAGGCAGUUUCAUACCCAUGCGCUGUGGUGCGUUGGUUCGACAAAGCCGAUGAUAGGCCCGACGAGGACACUGGGAUGUGGGUAGUGCGACCUUCGUAUGAUGCUGACCAUUCUCCAUCAGUUGGAAUCGUCCACAUUGAUUCUAUUUAUCGCGCUGCACACCUCAUCCCAAUCUAUGGAACACAUACCAUCCCACAGGACUUCAAACACUAUGACUCGUAUGAUGCUUUCAGAGCAUUCUAUAUAAACAAGUUUGCAGAUCAUCAUGCAUUUGAGAUCGCAUCUCAGGUAGGACUGUUUGACUCAGACUCAAAUAAUUACUGA